CGUUGUUGGGGACGAAUAAUGUAACACAAACCAGCAGCAAGAAUCUUCAUUUGAACUGUCACUGCGGACCAACUUUGUCCAAAUCGGUGGGAACCUGGUGACCCAGCGUAUGCCCCGAGGCGGCGUGACAACGUUGGGAGAGGAAGAGGGGGGAGGAAAUAUCUUGCAUUACUAUUUUGAAACGAGUACAGUGAGAUUUUGGGGGGCGUGGACGGCAGAGAAGCACCAGUGAGCAUGUUGGCUCUUGGCUGCAGUUUCACUGUAGUGAUGUGCCGGGUAAAAGAGCUGGACAACGCUUAGACUGAGUGGUGGGACGCGGAACCGUGCGGUUGCAGUCUGUCGUUGGCAGAAGACUUGUGUCAUUUCGGAGCCUAUUUGGCACUAUUUGGAUUUAUUUCUCCAACGCGCUCCCGCGUUAAAGACUUUAAGGAAGGAGCAGGAGCUAUUUAAAGGCUUUAGGAAGCAGCAGCUGCCGUGCGUAACGGGCGAAAUCUGGUCGAGCAGCUAUUUGAAUGACAAUAGUUUGAGGAAAUCGCUUCUGUAUUUUUUUUUUUAAUGAAGCCAAAUUAUUGAGACCGUUUAUGAUAACAGUACAGUUGAUGCUCAAAUGACAUUUGGUUAUUUGAAAACGGUGUAAAGUGAAAGUGAAGUGGUCUUCAUUUGUAAAUAUUGACAGGUGCUGCAGUCGUAUGGACUGUAUCAGACUAAGCCUUUAAUUCAUUUAAGACUGUCAUGUCUUAAAACAUCGCGGACCUUUUAGGUUUCCAUACCGAUCUUUGGUAUGGAUAAUCCAAGAAUUGUUUAAUCAAGUUUUCUUUACUUUCCUAAUACGCCGAGAAAACAAGCAUUGUUACUAACAACCUUAUAAUGCGCUUGAAACGCCGAAUAGGAAAGUAACCAUCAGUUUAGUGUCUUCUUUCUUCUGAGUUGUAGCCAUCUGGCAACAGCUAAAAUGACAAGCAACGGACCUGUCAUCGUCUACGAGUGGCUCAAGACCCUCCAGCUUGCUCAGUAUGUCGAGUCUUUCGUGGAUAAUGGAUAUGACGACUUGGAGGUUUGCAAACAAAUAGGAGACCCAGACCUGGAUGCCAUCGGCGUCUAUAUCCCUCAUCACAGACAGAGGAUUCACGACGCGGUGAAAAGGCUAAAGGAGGAAGCCAAAGAGACAGCCAGUGGACUGUACUUCACUCUGGAGCCGAUGCCACCCGCAGCUGAGGUUUAUACCAGUCACAUGGUGGACCAGUAUGAGUCCAAACUCCGGGGAUCCAAGUCUUGGACCGAGCCCAACAGCGACCGGGUUGGGCGCAAUGGUGGGUACAUGGGCACUCAGAGGAACCUGACGCUGGGCAACAGGAGGGAGUUGGUGUUUUACCCCAAGUUGAAGCUGAAGAUCAUGAUCAGGGAUAAACUCAUCAGAGAUGGUAUCAACCUCGCCAAGCCACCCUACUCCAAUAAGGAUGGUUCUCUGGGAAAUAUAGAUGACCUUGCCCAGGAGUACUCUGAGUACUACAACACCUGCUUCAGUGACGUCAGCGACCGCAUGGAGGAACUUCGCAAGCGACGAGUCUCCCAAGAAUUUGACAUGGAGAAACAGGACCCAAGCAACACCUCUCUGCAGCUUCGCAAUGAGAUCCAGGAAUCAUUAGGCUUCAGCAGUGAGGUGUCAACUCCAGAAACAGACAGAAAAAUGUCCCUGCACAAGUCCAGCUCUGAAGACGGAUCUGGAGGUAAAUGGGACAGUAAGAAGAAGAACAAAUCUUUUUGGCAGAGCUUCCGCAAGUCUCAGCACAAACCUGUCAUGCGACAUACGUCCAAAGGAGAGGACAUUGGCUAUGUGGCCAGUGAGAUCACCAUGAGCGAUGAAGAGCGAAUCCAGCUGAUGAUGAUGGUGAAAGAAAAGAUGAUCACGGUCGAGGAAGCUCUAGCUCGGCUGAAGGAGUAUGAGCGCAGCAGACAGUCCAGCAGUACUGACACUGCAGAGUGGACUGAUGGAUCUGCACCCAAUCUAACCCAGUCCUCAAACUGCAAUUCUCGUGAACAGUCAGACGAUGAGCAAUCGGAGGACUCAGUGAAGUUUAAGCGGCUUCAUAAAUUGGUUAACUCGACACGCCGGGUCAGGAAAAAACUCAUCAAGGUGGAAGAGGUCAAGAAACAUGGCUCUGAAGAUUUUCUGAAUCUGGAAGCAGCUCCCACCUGUGAGGACAACACAGCUCUGUAUACAGGGGUCCUAAAGAAGCCCCCUUUACCCAAGGAGGCCUCUCUGCCCUCCCUCACCCAGGAUCAACUCUCUCUGGAUGGAGACACAGACAGUCUGACCACCUCCCCUUCCUCCAGCAGCCUGGACACCUGGUCCGGACACAAGCUGGUCAAAACCUUCAAUAAGUCUUCCAGUACCCACGGUCUCAUCCGGCCCCCCAGGAGAACACCGGUUGGUUCCGGGGGCUUAGGAGGCUCCAUCUCCGGCAUUGGAGGUAGUGGCUCUUCCUUCUCAGAAUUGGAUGGCUGUGGAUUGGAUGACGAGGGAAAAUUGUCACGGCCCACAACCAACAGCGAGAUGCGGAAGGCCCUCAGCUCCAUCUCCCAUGGGGUAAGUAACAACGAGGCCCUCUACGCCUUCUAUGGCCUCACCAAACCUCGUCCUAAACCGCACACCCAGUCCCGCCUCCUGAUCUCCCUGGAUGAUGGUCCACAAGGCAGCCCCAAACCCCAAACUGCCAACCGACACCAUGGCAGCUGGGCGCACCGGAAGCCUGACCCUAACUAUGCUUACUCUACCAAGCACCUACUGUACCAGCGCUCGCGCAAUGCCAAGGCCCCUGUCUCCCCCCUUUCUGUCACUCCCUCCUCCCCUGCUCGCUGUGAUGUAGCCAAAUCAAAGGGUUUUGGAAGUGGGGGAGGGAGCUGGGUGUUCCCCUCUCGCAGGCUGCGUGGUCGAACAGCAGUCAGUGAGCUGAACAUCACCUAUGUUGUUGAACGGAGCCUGUACGGUCACCUCAACUGGGCCCAGCUGGUCCGCCCAGUCACCCUCAGCCGCGCUGAGCGCCGCUGUCUAUUGGAGGAGGACCGCGAGGCAGACAGGAAGUGGGCUGCCAGUGUGGACCGCUGCACCAAGCGUGUGCUCUUGCGCAUCCAGCAGAAGUCUAGAACAUGCAGCUUUGGAGGCUUUGACCUGUCCAAUCGUUCGCUCCAUGUGGUCAACACAGGCUCCGAAGCCAACAAUAAAGAACAGGAGCCUAUAUACAGAGAGGUGGUCAAAUCCCCCACUACCUCCCGAAUUUCACUGGGCAAGAAGGUGAAGUCGGUCAAGGAGACGAUGAGGAAACGCAUGUCGAAAAAGUAUAGUAGCUCCUUGUCUGAGCAGUCCAGUCCGGAUGGAGCCCCUGGUUCCCCUCAGUCCCCUCAGCCUGACACUGACUCUCUGGAAAAGCCAAAGCUUAAGGCUGGAGGUUCAGUGGAAAGUCUGCGUAGUUCGCUCAGCGGACAGAGUUCAAUGAGUGGUCAGACAGUAAGCACCACCGACUCAUCAGCCAGUAACAGAGAAAGUGUGAAGUCGGAGGAUGGCGACGACGAGGAGCCACCUUACAGAGGACCGUUCUGUGGUCGUGCCAGAGUCCACACUGACUUCACCCCCAGUCCCUAUGACUCCGACUCCCUUAAACUGAAGCGAGGUGAUGUGAUUGACAUUAUCAGUAAGCCGCCCAUGGGAACGUGGAUGGGCUUGCUGAACAACAAAGUGGGCACCUUCAAGUUCAUCUAUGUGGAUGUGCUAAGUGAAGAAGAGGAGAAACCCAAAAGGCCCACGAGGAGGAGGAGGAAGGGCCGACCACCCAAACCCAACUCUGUGGAGGAGCUGUUGGAGCGCAUCAACCUCAAGGAGCAUAUGCCCACUUUCCUGUUCAACGGCUACGAGGACCUGGACACAUUCAAGUUGCUGGAAGAAGAAGACUUGGAUGAGCUGAAUAUCAGAGAUCCUCAGCACAGAGCCGUACUACUCACCGCUGUCGAGCUGCUUCAGGAGUACGACAGUAGCAGUGAUCCAGAGCACAGUGGCCUGUCAGGCUCCCAAGAGAAACUGCUCUCUGAGGGUCAGGGCCUGGUCGGGGACUCCCCACGGGACUCUGGGUGCUACGAGAGCAAUGAGAACCUGGAGAAUGGUAAGGGCAAGAAAGCUUCCCGUUCCAGCCGUUCUUCCGUGGGCCACAAGUCUCCAGACUUCCCCACCCUGCCCAUGACCCUUUCAACAGAAGCUCUGCAACAGACCAGUAAGAACCAGCGUACAAAGUUCCCUAGAAGCUUCUUCAAACCCUCCCUGAAGAGCUUGAACCUGCUGGUGCUACGCAGAGCCCAAAGACAGUCCCCCAUUCCAGCCAGCCGCAGCUGUGAGGAUCUGGAUGGACCCCCACAGCCCACUGGACCCUGGAAACGGUCCCACUCUCUAGGAGAUCUGCACUGGGAGCAGACGUAUGAGCAGAAGAAGAAUCUGGGUGCAGAGGUGGUGAUUAAACCGACCAAGGAAGGACGCAAAUCAAGCAACAGUAGCCCAACUAAGAUUUGCAGAGAUGAGGGUUCCCCAGCUCAGAAUGAGACUCCAGUGGUCAGCCCUAAAGCAUCAGAGAAACCGCCCAUACCCUCCCAGCUGUCUCUGCUUUCCACUUGUCCCAUGACCCAGUCCUUCAGUUAUCCAGAGCCUCUCUCCAGUCCUAGUUCAAGUCCCCCUGAGUUUGGUGGGGAGAGGGUCAUUCGGACUCACCCCAAAAAGCCUCCAGUCCCUCCCCCCGUUCCUGCCAAAAAGUCAAAGGAAAGAUUAGCCAAUGGCCUGCGCCACCCCCCUCUCUCCCUGCCCUCUUCGCCAUCUCCAACUCUCUCCCCAACCCACUCCUUUACCCGUUCUCACCCCAGUAGCCCUGUAAUCCAAAGCAGCAGCAGCAGCCCCAGUGCCCCUGCUCUGCCUGCCAAGACCCCGAGCACCCACACCAGCCCCUGUGUCACUUCACCAUCCUCACCACUGGGUGAGGAGUCAGGAACUCCGCUGGCAAUGCAGCCUCCGUGGCUCUCAGAUCUGGGGGGCAAGGUGGCUGUUGCAAGAAAAAUGUCCCAUAACAAGAUGAGUCCUGACCUGCUCACCCUGCUCGAACAACGGCUGGAGGUGGAGAGAAUUGACCUAACAGAGGAGCCCUACUCCGACAAGCAUGGCCGCUGUGGGAUCCCCCAGCCACUGGUGGAGCGUUACUCUGAGGACUUGGAGCAGCCUGUCAAGGACGUGGCCUCCACCAUGGACCAGCUCCGAGUCAAAGAGCUCCGUAAACAACACCGCAUGGCUAUCCCCUCUGGAGGUUUGACAGAAAUGUGCCGGAAGCCUCUGCCCUCAGGUAACAUCAACACAGUCUCUGAUUGGCUCAUCUCCAUCGGCUUGCCUAUGUAUGCCACAUCCCUGGCAGCAGUGGGAAUCGACACGCUGAGUCACGUGGCCGUGUUAACAGAGAGUAGCGUUUGGGAAGCUGGGGUGCGGGAUGAAAGACACGUGCGCCGGCUAGUCAGUGAGGCAAGAUUGGUCAGUGUACACAGAGAGGCUCAGUCCUAAUCAUGUCGGGGGAGUCGGGUUGGAUUGCAGGUAUCAACUUUACUGGUCAGUACUGUCUCAUUUAAACAUGGUCAGUAGGUGGCCAAAGGCAAAUUGGCCACAGGAUUUAAGGACCACGCACAUGACCACAGCACUACAGUACUUCCUGUCUCGCACAAUUCAAAAUACUUAAAGUGAACCACCCUGCUCUCUGAUUCUCUCUCUCUAUCAUUCUAUUUCCUCAGAUGUUUACGGCAUUUGUUUAGGAGUUUAUCCUAACAGCCAAGACGAGAUAUGAGAUGCCUUUUUUUAAGACUGUAGACUCACGCUGUGGGAUGGCUUCUAUUCUGAAGACACCCCCAAGGUCUUAAAAUAAAGACUUGGAUUUGCCUUUAAGGAGGAAAGCACACCGUUUUGUAGAAAUGUUUUUUAAAAUACAGAAAGAUGUUUAUUUCCUGCAUAUUUCAGAAAUGCUUCACUUUCAUCUCUCGUGGCAAGGCAACGCUCUCUAGGGGUCUUCUAAGGAAGUAGUUUUUCAUUCUAAUAGGUUCACAAUGACGAGGACAGAAUUCAGUCAAUGUCUGGACUUGUAAUCAACUAAACACCUACAGCAAACAAUGAAUAACUGGUGGUUUGGAGAUGGCUUUGUAUUAUGUUUCUAUAUUAUAACAUAAUGCAUAUCUUAAUUAUAAAAGAUUUAUUUGUUAAAUUUUGUGUUUGCCUUUUGAAUGUUGCAGCCUUAUUUUGAGGCCAUCUCUCAGUCAUUUCUAAGAUGAAACAGCUGACAUCACUUAUACUAUAUGUCCGCUGCAUAUCUUGGCAUGAACACUCUAUUCCAGUAUGAAAAUGAGUCACUGUUAUCGCAAUCAACCUUCACUGCAACAAUACAUUCCCUGUCUAUACAAGACAUUUAGGUUGCCUUACCAUUAUGAAUGAACAGCUACAAGACACAUAACAGUGUUGAUUUUUCCCUUGACUGAGGCUGAACUGUACUAAAGGUACAACACGCCCAUACCAGAUCAUGCAUAUGGGUGUGGCAUCAUUCAGUGUUGAACAUCCCUUCACCCUGUUCAACACUUUCACUGUACAGCACAUGUUUCAUGUUGAGAGUUGUGGGACAGGGAGGGAGCAGAAAAUAAAAUGUUCCAAAGACGCAGCUGACAUCUGGGCUGUCGUGUUUGGAAUCAUCAGACUGUCGACAGUUUGGUUACAGCUUUGAGAAUUUUGAUUUAUACCUGAAAAACAAGAUGUUUGGGCUUUUAUACUGUGGUUAUCAUCGGUGCAGUUCUGAAAUUCAUAUUUGGAGUUUUGCCAAACACAUUGAGGACAGAUGGUGUUAUAUCAGGUGAAACUACGACAUUAAAUGAUCUUAAAAAUCAGGGAAAUGCUGAGUUGGGUCAGCCUGUUACAAAAUCUUUGGGCCAAAAACAAACUUUUUGCUCUUUCAUUUGCACACACUGCAUCAUACUGAAAGGAUAAGGCAGGUCUAUUAACAGUGUUUCCAACACUCCUCAUACAGAGACAAACGGACAAUGAUUUGUCUGUCAGUCCUUGAUCGGUUCAUUAAUCUGUGCCAUAGAUGUCUGUGUACCAGGUGACAUGUUUCUUCAUUAGCAAACCUGAGCGUGAGGAGCUAGCAGAAUAUAAACAAAGCAGAGAGCUCACGCAUGGGCAAUUGACUCAGACUCGUACUAACUUCAGGAAAUUAUGGUCGCUCAGAGUAUUUGAAGCAACAUAGUCAGGUCUGUGGUUUUUAUAAAGAAAAAAACAUGUCACCGAGCAGAGAAAUGGUUUCCCUGAUGUGUUUUUAAUCAUUUUUAAACAGCAGUGGAGAUCUAUCUCACAGAUGAACCAGCUAAUCCAGGACUGACAGACAUUAACUGUAGGUAAGUCAUUGUCGGUUUUAGUCUCUGUGUGGUGAUUGUUGAAAAUACUAUUAAUAUAGAAAAUGAUCCACCUUAUUUCUGAAGCUAACAAAUAUUCCUCAUGUUUUCCCCCUUUAUUUAGCAACUGAAGACUUAUUCCAUGGAUUUCAUAUUUUCGCAGUUGUUAAAAAAAUUUUUUUGUUUGUUUGUUUUUUGUGGGCACUUGAUAGGUGUUUAAUGCGUUUUUCUCUUCAGUCAAAGCGGUGCUCUGGGAAAGUGAGGAUAGGGGUCAUUAUUUUAAAAAAUAGAGAGAGAGAAGAUCCUGGUCAUGUUUUGUAAAGAAUGGGAAAUACUGACACUAUAAAUGCACUUUAGAGGGUAAGAUUAGCUCUUUAUUGGCGAAAUUGGCUAUAUUUUGUUCACAGGUCCACAAAGGAAUAUUUGUUGUCAGGUAUUAUAAAGGGUUUCAGUGGGUUAUGCUGGUAUUUUUAUUUAGUAUUGAUUUCCUAAUGCCAAGUCCAAUAACCAUUCAUGAUUUAACCUGUUCCUGUUACUUACUUCUGGUUUGUUUUUGCGGUCUUAAAAAAUAAAUUCUUAAUUACAUAUAUGAAAUGCCUAGCAUACAUUUUACAUUCUGUAUAUGUAAUUGAUAUUUAAAUAACUUAUUUUUGCUUUUUUUCAUAUCAACUGUAAUUAGCUGUACUAUAUAAAUAGCAAUACCUUUCUGCAUAAUGCAUAUUGCUUUAGCCAGUGAGGAACUACACUAUGUAUUGUAAAAUAUGUGUACAAAUUAUUUUAUUUGGUUUUCAUCUACUUAAUGAUUGUCCAUACAUAUUUGCUUGUGUAUUGAAACAACAAAAGUAAUGUCCAUAACUA